AGGGACGCAUCGCCGCCGCCGCCAUGGACAGUAGCACCUGGAGCCCCGCGACCGCCACCACUGCCGCGCCCCUCGCGUCACACGAGCGCAUCCGCAAUGCGGCCGACAUCUCUGUCAUCGUCAUCUACUUUGUGGUGGUGAUGGCUGUCGGGCUGUGGGCGAUGUUUUCCACUAAUCGUGGGACCGUUGGAGGCUUCUUCCUGGCAGGACGAAAUAUGGUGUGGUGGCCGAUUGGAGCCUCUCUCUUUGCCAGUAACAUUGGAAGCGGCCACUUUGUGGGGCUGGCGGGGUCAGGAGCAGCUUCAGGCAUCGCCAUGGGGGGCUUUGAAUGGAAUGCCCUGAUUAUGGUGGUUGUGCUGGGCUGGGUGUUUGUCCCCAUUUACAUUAAGGCUGGGGUGGUGACGAUGCCAGAGUACCUGAGGAAGCGAUUUGGAGGCCAGCGGAUCCAAGUCUACCUCUCUCUUCUGUCCCUGUUGCUCUACAUUUUCACCAAGAUCUCGGCAGACAUCUUCUCUGGGGCUAUGUUUAUUAACAUGGCCUUGGGCCUGGAUCUGUACCUGGCCAUCUUUCUCUUAUUGGUAGUCACUGGCAUUUACACAAUCACAGGGGGCCUGGCGGCUGUGAUUUACACGGAUACCCUGCAGACCGCAAUCAUGCUGGUGGGGUCUAUUAUCCUGACUGCAUUCGCUUUUCACGAAGUGGGAGGGUAUGAAGCCUUCAUGACAAAGUACAUGAAAGCUAUUCCAACCCUGAUUUCUGAUGGAAACGUCACCAUCAAGGAAGAAUGUUACACCCCAAGGGCCGAUUCCUUCCACAUCUUCCGAGAUCCCCUCACGGGAGACCUGCCAUGGCCUGGGAUCAUCUUUGGGCUGAGCGUCCUCACCCUGUGGUACUGGUGCACAGAUCAGGUCAUUGUGCAACGCUGCCUCUCAGCCAAAAACAUGUCUCACGUGAAGGCUGGCUGUAUCAUGUGUGGGUACAUGAAGCUGCUGCCCAUGUUCCUCAUGGUGAUGACGGGAAUGCUCAGCCGCAUCCUGUACACAGAAAGAGUGGCCUGUGUCCUCCCCUCGGAAUGUGAGAAAUAUUGUGGCAUCAGCCUUGGCUGUAGCAACAUUGCCUACCCAACCUUGGUGAUAGAGCUCAUGCCCAACGGACUGCGAGGCCUGAUGCUGUCAGUCAUGUUGGCCUCUCUCAUGAGCUCCCUGACCUCCAUCUUCAACAGCUCUAGCACCCUCUUCACCAUGGACAUCUACACCAAGAUCCGGAAGAGAGCAUCUGAGAAAGAGCUCAUGAUUGUAGGAAGGUUGUUCAUCCUGGUGCUGAUUGGUGUCAGCAUCGCCUGGGUGCCCAUUGUGCAGUCAGGACAAAGUGGGCAGCUCUUCGAUUACAUCCAGUCCGUCACCAGUUACUUGGGACCACCCAUCGCAGCUGUUUUCCUGCUUGCUGUUUUCUGGAAGAGAACCACUGAGCCAGGAGCCUUUUGGGGACUGAUCUUAGGAUUUCUGGUUGGGCUGGCCCGUAUGAUUACUGAAUUUGCCUAUGGAACCGGGAGCUGCAUGGAGCCCAGCAACUGCCCCACGAUUAUCUGUGGUGUGCACUACUUGUACUUUGCCAUCAUCCUGUUUGCCAUUUCUUUCAUCACCAUUGUGGUUGUCUCCCUCUUCACCAAGCCUAUUCCAGAUGUGCAUCUCUACCGCCUGUGUUGGAGCCUGCGCAAUAGCAAAGAGGAACGUAUUGACUUGGAUGCAGAAGAGGAGACUAUCCAAGAAGCCCCGGAGGAGAGCAUUGAAAUAGAAGUUCCUGAGAAGAAAAAAGGAUGGUUCAAGAGGGCCUAUGACCUGUUUUGUGGCCUGGAUCAGCAGAAAGGCCCCAAGAUGACAAAGGAAGAGGAGGCAGCCAUGAAGCUGAAGAUGACAGACACCUCCGAGAAACCUUUGUGGCGGACAGUAGUGAACAUCAAUGGCGUCAUCUUGCUGACUGUGGCCGUCUUCUGCCACGCAUAUUUUGCCUGA